AUGUUCUAUCCCAAGCACGACUGGUGUGGUCACCAGGACCUCAUCCGGUUGCAUGUCCUGGCAUUGGAUGCAUACGAUGCCGUGGCUUACUAUGAUGCAGACUGCGAGUUUCAAGGGGACAUCACGCCGGUGCUCCGCUGUGCAGCCACGGGGAAGCUGCUGACCACCAAUGGCGGCGUCGGCGAGUCCUUGAACGUGGGCUUCAUCGCUGUCAGGGAACGCGGCACGGACAAGAAUGAGUGCGAAAAGCUGAGAUUCAGGGAGAAGCGCAAGGAGCUGGCGCGCCAGAGGCGGGAGCAGCACAAGAGAGAUCCUGAGCAGAAGCUGCUUCGACACUCGGGCGGUCUAUGCGCGGCCUGCUUGGAGCACGUCUCAGAAGCGAAGCAGGGCCGGGGCACGUUGCCAGCGGCCCAGAUUUCAGAAAAGAGAGAGAGGCUCAGAGAGAGGGGGAGUGCGGCUGGGAGGAUGCUGCGCAGCUGCAGACUGCAGAAACGGGAGACUGCGCUGGACCUGGUUACCGUGCUGCCUGUGGAUGCUGACGACGAUGAUGACGAGUCGUUGGGCACCGUCCAGCUUCGCCUGGGCCGCUUGGCAGAUGCAGCUGGGGCUUCUGAAGAACAGUCGGGCUCUGAGAGUGAACCGCCUCCUUUGACAUCUCCGACAUUCCGGUUUGACGUCGAUAUGUCGAAGGCCGAGGGACACACCGCUGCGUUUGCCCCGUCGGGAGCCGAGGAGAUAAAGCCUCACUCACCCCCACCCACUGGCCAGUCGCCAGUCAGCCCCGCUGCGGCAGAGUUCUUGGGCCGGCCGCUUUAUGUGCACCUGAAAUGGGAUAUCGCCAACUCGGAAUUCCCCCGCGAACCCGCAGCCUCCAGCUCAACCGCCGCCUCCCCAGAGGUCAUCCAAGGCAAGAAACGAGCCGAAGGGCAUUUCGCCUCAGGCUCCGAUCCUACGGAGGGACCGGACAGCCUAUCGCCAGAGAUUCCAUACACGGCCUUAUCCGCCAGGCCGUUCGCCAUUUUGGCGAGCAAGGCCCAUUGGGGGCCCACUCCUUGCGACUGGCGUGCGUUUGCAAUCUGGGCCGCCUUUCAUAACGCGGACCGCUUCAAGAGGUCGGUCAAAGGUGUGGCAGAGGCGAUGGCCCCAGCAGAUCUGUUGGAGCAAUGCUUUGCUAUACAAUUUGAAGGGCUGCAGGGCUUCCCCGACCCCCUCGUCUCGUGCACUUUUGCUGACGUUGCCAGGCUCGCGGCCGGGGAGGCCCUGCUUGCCCGGUUUAGCGGUGAUGUCACAUGGUGCAACAAAGCCUUCAGAGAGACUCCCCCUGCGGCAGUUGGCUUGUCGUACGGCAUUGAGGAGCGAGACAUCUGGAGUGAACUCAUCAGUCAGAAAAUGCUGCGCACGAAGUUGUACGACUGUUUCAUCCCUCCGGAAAGAUCGACGCCGAUUUCAGGCAAGGCGCCCAAUGGCACGCGACGCUGCCAGGGAGUGGAGGCACGGCCCUGCUACACCAGCAAAUACGAGGCCUACAGGAUCUGUUUGGGCGCCAAGGCUGGCAUUGUGGACGGUCGUCGUUACGAGGACCUGCAUGCCCAUCUCCUCGGUCUGCCGGCGCUGUCGGUGCAUUUGAAGAUCGACACCGAGGGAAGCGAGUGGCCCGUCCUGGCUUCGCUGUUGGCGAGCGAGGACGUGAAGAAGAUUCGCACCUUGGAUAUGGAGGUGCACUUCGGCUGGGGCGCAGUGACUGAGCUCUCGCAGCAGGAGCGCUUGGCCGGACAGGUGGCAACCAUGGAGAAGUUGCGGGAGGUUUUCUACUGCACAGGCUCCACGCUGGAGGUCUACCGGCAGGGAUGGAGGCCCUUGCAAGACUGUGAGAAAGGAAAUUGCAAAGA